GCUCGGCUGCGCUCCCGAACGCGGAAACGAGGAGGCGGUGUGGAAGCGCUGACAGGGCUGGGCGUGCUCUGCCGCGCCAUGGCGGCACUCGGCGCCUACCGCUGCAUCGAGUGCAAUGGGGAGGCGACGGAGCUGUACCGGGACUACCAGCGUGGGGUGCUCCGUAUCUCCAUCUGCAAAUCCUGCCAGAAACCUGUGGAUAAAUACAUAGAGUACGAUCCUGUUAUCAUCUUGAUUAAUGCCGUUUUAUGCAAAGCACAAGCAUACAGGCACAUUCUUUUCAAUACAAAGAUAAAUAUUCAUGGGAAGCUCUGUGUAUUUUGUUUGCUCUGUGAAGCUUAUAUCAGGUGGUUGCAACUACAGGAUUCAAGCCAAAAUACAGAUCCUGAUGACUUAAUCAGAUAUGCCAAAGAAUGGGAUUUUUAUAGAAUGUUUGGCAUAGCUUCUUUAGAACAAACUUCUUUUUUCAUUGGCAUUUUUAUUACCUUGUGGUGGAUGACACCUGAGAUGCUGAAAAGAAAGUCUGACUUCAUUUUACUUCUCAAAGCACUGCUGUUGUCCACCUAUGGAAAGCUUCUGCUAAUUCCAGCUGUUAUUUGGGAGCACGACUACACACCUUUGUGCCUUGCAUUUAUAAAAGUGUUUGUCUUGAUAUCAAACUCUCAGGCAAUUAGAGUUACAUUGAACUUGAACCGAAUACUCCCUUGGUUUGCCAUCUUCUUUGGAUUAAUUUUGGAAAAUGGUGUGGUCUGCUUGUUCCAGAAAAUGGGAUGGGAUGUUUGAAAUGUCAGCCCAGUGAAGAAAUACCAACAACAUGAUGAUAAUUUUCUAAGAAUGAUCUCUGCCAGCAGGCUCCAAAAACACUGUUUUCAUAGGGAUAAAGAAGCAUUGCAGAAGAAAGCUCCAGCAGUUGACAGACACCCAUCCUGAGAUUUAAUGCAAACCGGCAAUUCUAAUACACAGUUUUAAGAAUUAUCUCUAACUGUUGAAACACUGGUGGCAGACUAAGAUUUCAGCACACUACACUGUCCUUCUAAAUCCACAGAAGGACCUUUCAAAAGAGCUUCUUGUCCUCAAGCACCUUUUUAGCCUGAGAAAAACAGUCUUGAACUGGGCAGAUUUUCAGCAAUAUCAUAUUUUACAUGCUUCACUGAGUUAUUAAGAGUUGGAAGACACCUCUGGAGAUCAUCCAGUCCAACCCUCCUGCCAAAGCAGGGUCACCUCGAGCAGGUGACACAUGAGUGCAUCCGGGUGGGUCUUGAAAGUCUCCAGACAAGACUCCACAAGCUCCCUGGAUAGCCUGUUCCAGUGCUGCUACGCUGAAUCUAAAGUGGAACUCCUUGCGUUUCAUGGCCAUUGCUCUUCAUGCUGUUGCUGGGCACCACCGGAAAGAGUCUGGCACCACCCUCUUGAGACUCACCUUACAGAUAUUUCUAUCUAUUAAUGAGAUUCCCUCUCAGUCUUCCUUUCUCUAGACUAAACAGGCCCAUCUCCUGUAGUCUCUCUCAUAAGAAAGAUGCUCCAGACCCCAAAUUAUCUUUGUGGCCCUCCGCUGGACUCUCUCCAGCAGCUCUUUGUCUUUCUUGUACUGAUUCUACAGAAUCCCCAGCGCGCAAGGCUUAGGCUAUUAUUAGUCAUUACAGCUGCAGCUUGCACCAGCCAAGCACCAACACCCAAUUCGUGUUUAAUCAAAAGGUGCGCCAGGUCGUCCGGAAGAAUUUCACUAUAAUAACGCCGCGCUACAGAAUCCAAACAGAAUCCUGGAGAAAACUACGGCGAAUCGCUGCCACUCAGGCUGCACGGAGCAGUGCCGACCCCGGGGGUAUUUUUAAGGCCAGCCUUUCAGCGUGGGUGCCGGGUCCC